AUGGCGGCAACCUCGGAAAAUUCUUCUUCUGAUGACAAUUAUAAUAAUUUCUCUGCUUCUCAAGAGGUAAAUAUGAAAGAAUCUGGUAUUCACUUCUCCAAAGAUGAAGUGGCACUCAUAGUUAGGAUGUAUAAACUGGUUGGCCAAAGAUGGACUCUAAUUGCCGGAAGAAUUCCAGGAAGAACUGCAGAGGAAAUCGAGAAGUACUGGCAAUCUCGAUACUCCACCAAUGGCGACGUUAAAUAG